AUGGCAGCAAUUUCACAUUCGCCCAACACUGAAUUCUUCAAAAACGUUUAUAUAAAGGGACUAGAAGUUUUAAGCUUACAAGUGAAACUGUAUAUGAAUGCCCUUGUUCCCAAGUGCCAGAACCCUUCCUCUAUGCUUGAUUUUAGGCCGAUUUCUUGUUGUAACACAUUGUAUAAAUGCAUAUCAAAAAUCUUAGCAAGGAGACUCAGAGCAACCCUUCCUGGUUUGAUUGAUAAUGCUCAAGCAGCUUUUGUGAAAGGGCGUAACAUUUCUGACAACAUUUUGCUCGCUCAAGAGGUUUUUAAAGGGUACAAUGUUCGUAAUAGUUCUCCUCGGGUGGCUUUUAAAUUGGAUAUUAGCAAGGCGUUUGAUUGCUGUAAUUGGCAGUUCAUUAUUGAUGUUCUGAUUCUUCGGGGUUAUCCGUAUCCCUUUAUUAAAUGGAUAUAUGCUUGCAUCUCCUCUGCUCGCUUCUCGGUUAAAGUUAAUGGUGAGGCAAAUGGGUAUUUUUCUGCUUCCAGGGGAAUCCGCCAAGGGGAUCCCAUCUCUCCUUUUAUCUUUGUGAUCUUGAUGGAUGUGUUGUCUGAGCUCUUAAACUCGGCUGGUGCUAAUAUGAAUUUUAAGUUCCAGAAUAACAUGAAAGCUUCAAAAUUGAAUCACUUAUGUUUCGCUGAUGAUUUACUUCUUUUUUGCAAAGGAGACAAGGAUUCUAUAAUGCUUUUGAUGCAGUCAGUUGAUACUUUUGAGACAUUCUCUGGGCUAAAAAUUAAUGCUUGUAAAAGCACCUUUUUUGCUUCCAACACUUCUCCAGAACUUAAAGCCUGGAUUACCCAAGAGUAUGGAAUUCAAUUGGGCAAUCUGCCUACAAAAUUUUUGGGAGUGCCCUUGCUUGCUACGGGGCUUCAUGCAUCUCAUUGCCAACCUUUGAUAUCUAAAAUUACUGCUCGUAUUGAAUCCUGGGUGAUGAAGUUUCUAUCAUUCGCCGGCCGUCUUCAACUUAUUACAUCUGUUCUGUUUAGCAUUCAGAAUUAUUGGUCUGCCCAUUUUCUUCUUCCUGUUGCGGUGCUUAAAUUGCUGCAAAGAAAAAUUGCUCACUUCCUUUGGAAUGGUCAUGAUAGUCGGCGCACAAAAGCAAAGGUUUCCUGGAAAUCGGUGACUUUGCCUAAAAGUGAAGGAGGCUUGGGGAUAAAAGAUUUGCGUGACUGGAAUAAAGCAUUCAUCCUCAAACAUCUUAUUGCUGUUGUAAAUCCUUGCUCCACCUCUCUUUGGGCUUCCUGGGUGAAAAAAACUAUCAUUAAGGGGUCGUUAUGGUCUAUGCAAUGCCCUUAUAAUGCUUCUUGGAUUAUUAAGCAAAUUUUUUUGCUCAGAGAUAUUGCCUUGCAACACAUCUCUUACUCCAUCGGAAAUGGUCGAGAUGUUUCUCUUUGGUUUGCACCUUGGUUUAAUAGGCAACCCAUCUGUUCUUCUUAUGAUAAUCAACUAAUUAGUCUAUCUGGACUAGGCAAGGAGGCUGUUGUUGCCGAUAUCAUUUCCCCUGGAGGUUGGAUGCUUCCUCAUUCUAAUUUCCAUGAGCUUGUCGUUUGGAAAAAUCAAUUCGAUUUUAGCACUCAAUUUGAUCUUGCUCAACGUGACAAAAUUUGCUGGGAUAAUAUCUGUGGGAGCAAGAUUCGUGUUACUCAUCUUUGGGAUUCUAUCCGGCGUCGGGGGAAUAAUACAAUCUGGGCUCCUUUUGUUUGGCAUAAAUUAGGAGUUCCUAGGUUCUCUUUUCACCAUUGGCUCCUUAUGCUUAACCGAGUUAACACUGCUGAUAAGCUGGUUAAUCGUGGUGUCACCUCUUUUGAUGCAUGCUUUUUCUGUAUUAAUGGUACGGAGUCGAACCACCAUUUGUUUCUUGAAUGUCCCUUUACUCAACGUAUCAUCCAGUUGGUUUUUUCUCAUCGCUGUGCUAUGCCCCCUGAUCUUUGGUCUCUAUGGUAUACUUGGCUUACUAGCCUGAACCUCAAGGACAUUAAGGAUUGUAUUUCUAUUCUGGCCUAUCAAGUCAUUAUUUAUUCUGUUUGGCGUGAACGCAAUAGUAGAUUUUUCAGCGAGGAAUAUUCAUCUCCUGCUAAGCUUGCUUCGAACUGCCUCCAUUUAAUUAAGUGUCGGCUUCAUUCUUCUACUUGGUUUGCUGUUGAGAGCCUCCGCACCACUUCUCUUUCUGUAUGGAGUCUUGAUAACUAG